AUGUCACAAUUAUCGAUUAGUAAUCCAAUUACAUUCUAUGCACAAAAUACUUUUCAAACACUUUCGUUUUUUGGAUUAUUUAUUGGAGGAAUCAUCCUGACUGGAGCAUGGUUUGGUUUAAUUAUAGCAUUAGUAAUUGCUUACUUUAGUUCAUUUUUAUUGAAUAAAUUUUUAUUUCGUAAACAAUUACCAGUACCAUCUAAAAGUUGUGUAUUAGUUACUGGAAGUAGUGCAGGUAUUGGUUUAGAUGCUGUAUUAAGAUUAUCGAAAAUUGGUUUUACUGUCUUUGCUGGUGUGCGUAAAAAAAGCGAUGGUGAAAAAAUAAAAGAACUAGCCGGAAGUUCAAAUGCUAGUCGUAUCAUACCAGUUAUUCUUGAUAUAACAAAAUCUGAUGAAAUAAAACAAUCAGUUGAAACAAUAACACAACAUCUUUCAAAUAAUAAUAGUAAAUUAUUAGCCAUUGUUAAUAAUGCUGGUUACGGAGAAAUACUACCUGUAGAAAUAUUACCAUUAGAUAAAUUACGUUAUCAAUUUGAAGUCAAUCUUUUUGGUCACGUUGGCAUAAUUCAAGCAUUGUUACCAUUACUCAGACAAGCAUCAUCAUUAGAGCAUAGUGCACGUAUUAUAUUUAUUAGUUCAGGAUUAGGUCGUAUCAGUAUGCCAAGUUAUGGAGCAUACGCUGGUUCAAAAUUUGCAUUAGAAGCAUUAGCAGAUGCAUUAAGAAUUGAAUUAAAAAAAUGGUCUAUUUCAGUUAGUAUUAUUGAGCCUGGUCGAAUUGAAUCAAAGUUUACGAAUGUAAGUGAAAAUAUAAUUAAAGAGAAUAUGAAAUCAAUAAAUAAUAUAAAUAAAAUUGAUCAAUCAAUAUUUAAUUCUUAUCAAUCUUCAAUGGAUAAAAGUGGUGAUUCAGCAGCUCGUGGUCAUGUGUCCAUAUGUAGUGAUGCAAUACAAUCAGCUAUAUUAGAAGCUAAACCAUUAGAGCGAUAUAUGGCUGUUUGUAACAAUCCAGUCCCUUAUCCAGUUUUGGAUUUUGCAACACCAGCAUCACUGCAAAUUCUCAGUGCUAAAUCACAUUGGAAUGCAGAUGAUACAUUAAGAACGCCACCAAACUAUUUUAUCAAAGCUACGGUAUGGGAUGAAUUUAGUAUGAAGUCAGUUGUUUUAUGUCUUUAUUGA